AUGAAUCAAUAUGAAUAUUAGGACUGUUUUGAUGAUUCCAGACUUUAGGAUGCAUUCAAAUAAACAGCCACUUUUUUCAAUCCCAACCAAUCCAGUCUGAAAAACUCUAUAACUAGUUCUAAGGGAUCAGGAAGACCAUAAAUGGAAUACACUUUUAAACCUGCUUAAACUCGUCUUACUCAACAUGAAUCUCAGUAGAGUCUUGGCAAACGAAAUAAUGGGUAAAUUAUUCAGAACAAGCCAAAUGCGUAGCCACCAAAAAUCACUUCUCCUGUCAAAGUUAUCAAAGGUUUUAGUUAAAAGCCACAAUCUCCUCCGUAACUCUAUGAAUCACGCAAUAAAGUUACUUAUCAAGAAUAGAUCAAACGAAUUAAGGAAACUGACAUUCGUGAUGAAUUCAUUCACAUAUAUUCAUAAAAAGAAGCAUAACCUCCAAAACCUAUACAAAAAAAUAUAGUGGGUUCACGUGUGCUUAGAUCUAAAAUUGAAGGCUCCUCCAAUACUGCCGAUUCUGCUGUGAGAGUCCAAUUUCACACCAAACAGAAUGAAUAAGAUAAUGUGAGACUAUCAUCCGAUCAAAUGGACUUUCCCAGCUACAAAAAGUCUCUGCUUGAAUCUGAUCGUUUCAAUAAUCGUUAGAAUUUAAACGACCUUUUGAGAAAAAGUAAUUCCACUGCAUUUCUCCCUCAAAUCCAAUCUAAAUUAUCAUAAGCCUAAAACAUUCCUUACGGCUAUGGACCCAUCUCAUAACAAGAAACAGCCAUCAGAACUAACUCAUCAAAACAGACUAUACCAGGAAAUGAAAUAUUAUAUGCUCAACCAGAGGAUUCUCAAAUGAGAAAAUCAAAGACCGCUCAAGAAACUAUGCGAGAGUCUGGAGGCUAACAAAUACAAGGCAAAAUUUAGUAUAAGUUAAAUAAUGCUGAAUCUCAAGAUGUAUUACCUUAAAUUCAUUCUCCAAAUUAAGGAACUCAGUAAGGAUUCUCUUAGAGUAAAGGCCGAUCGUUUCUUUAGAGAAAACCAUAGGCUAAGAUAAUCAGCAGAUUAUUUUCAUCAAAAUCUGAUAAUAAAAAUAAUUGA